AUGCAUGCAACGUUGGCUGGAGAACCGAACAUCGUGUGCAUGCGUUGCCGAACAUUCAAGAGGAAGCUGUUGAAGGAGCAGAUCAGUAACUAUGUCGACAUACCUGAAAUGACUCCUAUUGAUCCCUCAAUUCGAUCAAAUAUGAGCCGUGUGAAUCUGAUUACUGCUAGUGAGCUACAGACAAAAGGAACGCAACUGGGAGCUGGCGCAUUCGGAGUCGUCUACGCUGGAUUCUGGUUCCCGAAGGCUAAAGGAAAGAUAAAAGUACCUGUAGCGAUCAAACUUGUCAAAGGCACCUGCACUGGAAAAGAGGAGACUGAAAUGCUGAAUGAAGCCAUGCAGAUGUCCUCACUUCGGCAUGAACAUCUUCUUCGUCUGGUAGGAAUCUGUCUACACGAAGAGGGAAUACAACUGGUUACCCUUCUACGUCCUCUUGGAAAUCUUCUGAACUUCUUGAAGAAGCACAAGGCCCAUUUGUGUGGCAAGGAUCUUCUACUCUACUGCUACCAGAUAUCAUCGGCUAUGAAAUACCUGUACGAACAUCGUAUCAUUCAUCGCGAUCUUGCCGCUCGAAACGUUCUGGUAAAACGUCACAACCACGUAGAAGUGACUGAUUUUGGCCUAGCAAAACUUCUCGAUUAUGGUCAGGAGAAAGUGAAGGUCAUGGAAGGAAAGGUCGCGAUAAAAUGGUUAGCGUUGGAGUCGCUAAGGGAUCAGAGCUAUACGCAUCGCACUGAUGUCUGGGCGUAUGGUGUUACCUGCUGGGAGAUCUUAACGUUUGGUCAGAGCCCCUAUCAAGGUAUGGAUAUUUGUGCUAUAAAGAAUUUCCUCAAAGAAGGAAACCGUCUGUCGCAGCCCAGCAACUGUUCUUCGGAACUCUACCAAGUCUUGCUACAGCUGGAUGGCGAAUGCUCGGAGUCUAGACGUCGGUUGACAGCGAUCUCACAAUGCUCCAUGAUCGAAUCUCAAAGAGAUCUGCUGAGGGAACUGUUGAAUGAUACGGAAAAUGACUUCACGGAUCCGUUGAAUUACUUCGAGACCUGUGAAAAUCCGGAUACGCCCACUGGCGACUUUGAAGGGUCGUUCGACGCUCGCAGCUUACGAAGGCUCAAGUCGACACAGUUCAGCAACGUUAGUCAAAACAGAUCGCUACAAAUCAAUCCAAUCAUUCGUCCAUCAGAAGUUGGCAUGGACGAUGGAAAUUAUUUGAUUCCUAACGCUAAACUAUUGAAUGAACACGCCACGAUGUACACUCCAGUAGUAGUGAAUGAAAGUGGUGCCACUGAGCUGGUGAGAUUAGUCAUGAUUAUGUACAUGAAUCAAAAGCCAAGUCCGACUACUACAACGACGUUGUUGGAAGUAAACCAGGAGAUCAUCUUCUGGAAAUCAGAGAAGAACCAUCUGAAGAUACCGAGGAGAGCUGUUUGUGAUGUGUGUGGGAUGAUUAUCUAUUGA